CCGCGGCUCAUUGUGCAGCAGGCGGGCCGGCGCGGCAGUAUCCUGGGCCAGGGUGCUUCCCGGGCAUGGUGAGCAAGGCGCUCGUGCGCCUGGUGUCUGCUGUCCACCGCAGGAGGAUGAAGCUAUUGCUGGGCAUUGCUCUGCUCGCCUACGCUGCCUCUGUUUGGGGCAACUUUGUUAACAUGAGCUUUCUUCUCAACAGGUCCAUUCAGGAAAACGGGGAACUGAAAAUUGAAAGCAAGAUUGAAGAGAUUGUUGAACCAUUAAGAGAGAAAAUCAGAGAUUUGGAGAAAAGCUUCACCCAGAAGUAUCCACCAGUAAAGUUCUUAUCAGAAAAGGAUCGCAAAAGAAUUUUGAUCACUGGAGGUGCAGGGUUCGUGGGCUCCCAUCUGACUGACAAACUCAUGAUGGAUGGCCACGAGGUGACUGUGGUGGACAACUUCUUUACGGGAAGGAAGAGAAAUGUUGAGCACUGGAUUGGCCAUGAAAACUUCGAGCUGAUUAACCACGAUGUGGUGGAGCCCUUGUAUAUUGAAGUUGACCAGAUAUACCAUCUGGCAUCUCCAGCCUCCCCCCCAAACUACAUGUACAAUCCCAUCAAGACAAUAAAGACCAAUACAAUUGGGACCCUGAACAUGCUGGGGCUGGCAAAGCGCGUUGGUGCCCGUCUGCUCCUGGCUUCCACAUCGGAAGUGUAUGGAGAUCCUGAAGUUCACCCUCAAAGUGAAGAAUACUGGGGCCACGUGAAUCCAAUAGGACCCCGGGCCUGCUACGAUGAAGGCAAACGUGUCGCAGAGACCAUGUGCUAUGCCUACAUGAAGCAGGAAGGCGUAGAAGUGCGUGUGGCAAGAAUCUUCAACACCUUCGGGCCACGCAUGCACAUGAACGAUGGAAGGGUGGUCAGCAACUUUAUCCUGCAGGCACUACAGGGGGAGCCGCUCACUGUAUAUGGAUCGGGGUCUCAGACAAGGGCAUUCCAAUAUGUCAGUGAUCUGGUGAAUGGUCUGGUGGCACUCAUGAACAGCAAUGUCAGCAGUCCUGUCAACCUGGGAAACCCAGAAGAGCAUACAAUCCUGGAAUUUGCUCAGUUUAUUAAAAAUCUCGUUGGUAGUGGCAGUGAAAUCCAGUUUCUUUCUGAAGCCCAGGAUGACCCACAGAAAAGAAAACCAGACAUCAAGAAAGCGAAGCUGAUGCUGGGUUGGGAGCCUGUGGUCCCACUGGAGGAAGGGCUGAACAAAGCCAUUCACUACUUCCGGAAAGAACUGGAGUACCAAGCAAACAAUCAGUACAUCCCCAAACCAAAGCCUGCAAGGAUAAAGAAGGGCCGGACACGCCAUAACUGAGUCACUCUUAGGACAUGAGACUCCCUGUUUUACACUUGAUGAGAUGAAUUUCUUUUAUUUUGUUUUGUUUAUAUGUGCUUUUUUAAAAAAGACUUAAAUAGAUGUUAUGAAGAACAAACUGGAAUUUCAUGCUGAAGCUUGCUUUAAAGACAUGGAUGUGCCUAGAAGCUCCCUCAAAAACCUGCAGACUUUGCCUUGCACUUUUUGAAUCUGUCUUUUUAUGUAAAAUAGCCUAGAUGCAUCUCUGCUAUUUUCAAGUUUUUUUUAUCUUGCUAUUAGAGCAUAUGUUGUGACUGUCAUUGACAGUUUUAUUUACUGGUUUCUUUGUGAAGCUGAAAAGGAACAUUAAAUGGGAUGAAAAUGCCGAUUUUAUUUAUAAAAGUAGGUACUUUUAAAUAAGACGUUAUACUAUGCAUAAAGAAUAAAAAACGAGCAGUAUUGCCAGGUGGAUGGUACACCAGCAUUUUUUUCUCAGACAGAUAAAAGAAUUCUGUUUGAGAGCUUUGUUUCUUUUUUAAUUCAGAGUUUUUCGAAGGUCUAGUUUUUAGUUGCAAACAUGAUUUCAAAACACUUCUGUUGGACAUUAUCAAGGAUAUUGGAAAUCACUACUGUGUUGUGCUGCAGAUUUGGGGGCGGGGUGGGGGUAUAAACAAUGUAUUCUGGGUUUAACAGUGGUAAAAUAUGCUAUUUUAAUAAAAUAAUGAAACUUACCAGUCAUGGACUUUCAGUUUCAGAGGUUGGAAUUGUUACUGUGCAUAAGACAUUGUCAGAUUGUUAAGAAAAUACUGGAGAAUUUAAUUUGGGAAAAUUCAAAGAAUAUUUAUUUAACUAGAUGUGUGACAUUGGAAGUAUUUACAUGCAACUUGAGUCACAUCUGUGUCUAUAACAGAUUGUUUGUCUCUUGCCCAAAAUAUGUGAGACCAAGUAAAGUGGCUCAAAUUUCAGAAUUUUGUUUUAAUUUAGGAAUAUUUGUAUACACUGUAUAGGUUAAGCAUUCCUAAAGCCAAAAUACGAAAUGCUCUGAAGUCUGUAAAUUCAAGUGUUCUGCCAGCACCUAAUAUUUUUAAGUUAGGUAGACUCACCUUCUGUUAACUGUUGCAAGAAAUUCUCAGGCUUUACCCAAGGGUAGAAUACUUCAUGUCACGGGCAACACAAACCAGAACAGUAUGACGAUGUGUCUCAUGUAGAUUUUAGACAAGGCUUAUCAAGUGAAAAGUUAUUUUCAUUAAGGAUUUCCAAAGCUUGGUGUUGGGAUUUAUUUUUCCUCUUACAGUGAGUGGGAGAACAGUGUGCUGUAAGCUACAGUAUACGGGCUCUGCAUGAGCAGCAGCAGCCUGGACAGGUGCCGGGUGGCUGAAGUGUGGACCACGUGCCAGAUAACGAAACAGGGAAUCAGAAGCAUCUAAAAGUGGGAGAACCUGUGAAACCUGCGUUGUGUCUGUCUUCAAGAUUACUGUGGCAUUGCAUGGUUAAGUCAGUGUCUCUGCAAUCCAGGAGUGGCUUUGUCAUGCUUAGUUCACCAGAAGAUUCUGAGCUGGGGCUAGAUUGAGUGCAGUGUGAGAAGGAAGAAUCAAGAGUGUUUUUUGCAUAUCUUCCUCCUCCCUUUCUUUCUUUCCUUUGUACAUGCUAAGCACCCACUUGUACACUGAGCUACAGCUCUAACAUCUUGGUCUGAACUAAGUGAUUCAUUAUUGUGGAGGUGAAGUGUACAAAAUUGGGAAGCUAACUAGGGAACUACUAAUAGUGACAUUGAACUAAAAACUGUGAACAGAAAUGGGUCAAAGUUGUGCUAAGUUGGGAAGCAUUGGGAGUACUCAAACACUCUAGAAUCCAGAAAUAGUUUAGUACUUGUAAUAUCUGCACUUCUUUCAUGGAAUUUAUUCUUCUCGUUUGCAUAGAAUAUUUUCAGGAUAACAGAGAAGAGGCAGAUGAGUUUACCCCCAAGAAAAGGGUGAUGUGUCCAGCGAGGUAACAUGAGCUUUAUUCUGGGCAGAGAGGAAAGUGAAUUUGAGGGGGCUGGAGAUAAAUAGACAAACAGGUACUGGCUGCUGUGAUCCAAACUCUUGUGCUUCCCUGAUCUCCAUUGUAAUAAUAUUCAGAGGUGAAGUGUUUGUGUAAAGUGAUUUGGUCAGGAAAGGGGUGCUCUUAUGACUGACAUUGGUACCCUUAUAAAAGAGCCGAAGGGAUCUUGUGUGCCCUUAUUCCAUGUGUGUGACUGAGAAGGCACCAUCUGUGAACUGGAAAGUGCUCCUUCACUAGACAACAAAUCCAACAAGACCUUUAUGUUAAACUUUCCAACCCUCAGAACUAUGAGCAGUACAUUCCUAUUGUUCAUUAGCAACCUAACCUAUGGUGUUUUGUUAUAGCAACCUGAAUGUACCCUUUGGUGGUGGUUCCCUGUAAGAGUUACCAUGCUGUUGCUUGUGGGGAUGAGAGGGAUGAGAUUGUGCAGUUCUGUUGUUACUUCAUUGAGUUAUGGCAGGCUCAACAAUGUACCUAUCAACUUGAAUGCACUGGACUCCAGCUGUGUUCUCUUGAAUUCUGACAGGAAUUAUGAAUUUUAAUAUUUCAAUGUAUGUUAAAAUGAUUUCUUUUCAUGAGCAUACCCUUUCUUGAUGGUCAGUACCUUUGGUGGGCAGCUGGAAAGUGUCAUUAAAUCCAAGAAUUGAUGUAUGAUGUUCUUUGCCUCAAAGCCAAUGGGGUUGGCUGUUAGAAUCACCAAAAUUAAGUCACGUGUUUUCUUGGCUGUGUUCUGUUUGUAUCUUAGUCAUGAUGGGGAACAAGGGCUAUUUUGUUAUGGGAAGGAAAAAUACUUUUUCAAGAAACCUGAUGUGAUUUGCAAGUGGCUGAAAUGUGUCUCAAGAAUUUAUAUAAUAAAAUGUAAGCCCCCAUUUUGUGUGUUACAAAGAAGCUGUGACCUGAGUCCAGUGAUAGUGUUUCAAGCUGGAAUCUUUGGGAAGUGAUUAGGGUUAGAUAACAUCACGAAGGGUGCAAUCUCCUUGAGUGUAUCCUGGUGGCUUCAUAGGAAAAGGAAGAUACCAGAAAACACAAGUGUCCUACCUCUUGCCAUCACUAGAUAUGACCUCUAGAAUUGGACAAAAUAAAAAUUUUUAAAACUUA